AUGAUACGAAUAAUACCCAGGAACAGGACAUUAUUCCGUUGUCAAAUAGUAAAGCCAGUAUCACUUUUGAGAUGGAACUCCACAGCAUCUCCAUUUGCAUAUGUCCAAGAUUUCAACCAAUUAUCCCAAAAGGUAAAUGAAACAAUAACCUCAUCAUCCACCAAUGAAACAAUUAUAAGCGCAUUAAAAGCAUUUAAAAUGUUGCAGCACAGUUAUCCCUUACAAGACCAACUCGAUUCCAAAUCAAAACUCACCAAAGAUUGUCUUCAAAUAAUUGAUGAAGUCUUCUCCAAGGACGUGCAAUUCUCCAGUGAAUUAUUGAAAGAAAUUUUACUUUUGAAUUUGCCUACUGAACUCAACCUCAAAUUGAUCAACCACUACUACCGCCUUAACCCAGAUGCCGUAAUUGACAAGGAAACCGCUUUGGUUGCAUUAAGAAACGCUCUUUUCAAUGGAGAUUUCUUCCGCGCCAUCAAAGUAUCCGAUGUCACAGUUGGCCAUCCAAACUAUAUAAAAAAGAAUCAAGAUAUCUUGAAGAAGGGUUUCUUUAAAUUGGUUGGAUCCGCAGCCGGUAUCACCAUUCUUACAAAACUCGGAAUAAACACCGCGAUUGAAACGGGAAUGGUGUCCCCAGCUUGGCAACAUAUAGUAGCAUUAAAUUCGGUGCUAUUGACCUACUUAGUAAACUCGACUUUUUUGGUAAGUAUUGUGAAAUUCGGAAGACAAAUGACUAGUGCCGGUGGAGAUUAUCUUACAUGGCAAAAGGGAACAUUCUACACCCAUUGGUUCAAGCAUGCUGACGAAAUGUUGUUUGGCGCUAAAAUCUUGGAGGCUGACCGUGACUUGAAUGGUGGACAGAAUAAUCCGGAAAUUGUCGAGGAAUUGUGUCGGCCAGCUCCUAUCGGUGCCCAUGGAGUUACUCACCUGUUGAGUCCAGGUUAUGACAGAGAAGGGAACAAGAUUAGAUUGCUUGAGGCUAAGGAUAACUUGGAAGAUCUUACAUUCCAAGCAUACUGGAUGAGCGGUGGUGAUGGAUUUGAAUGGGUGGAACCUGAUCAAGAUCCAGCUGAAAUCGCAUGGAAGGAUCAUAUCCAACAAUAUCAUAAACCUCAAUUGCAAGGUGGUGGCAAUAAUGCUGGUGCUUUAAAAUGGGCAGAUGAAUUAAUUGAAAAAUCAAGUGAUGAGAAAGAACUCAAAUAA